UACUUUGGAAACCUUUUCGUCAAUCAUUGUGAUCAUAUACAAUUAAAACUAAUCUACUUUUUCGACUAUAUUUGUGCACUGAUAUUUUUAUUUUCAAUAUAUUUAUUCAACUUAUUCUUAAUUUAUUGAUAAUUUUAACAUUUUCUUUCAAUAUGAAAAUAUGAUCUUUCAGAGCUAAACAAAACAAUUAAAUAUAUGUAUAACAGAGCUUCACGACGAUUUUGCAGAAUCAAUUCAUCUAAAAAUCAGUCGUGAUAGAACAUUUUUGGAUCUUUCUAAAGAUUUUGUGGGACCAAGCCUCAUUCCAGAAAUUUUUAGAUUUCUUGCCUUCUAAUGAUGGUAUGGAAAAUCAAAUAAUGUCCAGGAUUACCAAAUUCCAAUUUUGAAAAUCAGAAGAUUUUUGUAAAAAAACAAGAGUUUUCAAGAGAUUUAUUUUUCUAAAACAUGAGAAAUAAAUGUGGAAACCUCGGAUUUAAAUCCGAGAGUUAUAUGUACCUCAAAAAGUGAAUGAGACAGAUGAGUCGUUCUAGAAUGUGCGAAUAUAAAAAUUAUCCUGACAAACCUUAUCUAUAACCACUUGAUUUCUAUUGGCUACCGCUCAACCAAUAGGAUUUGGGGUGAAUACAGCUCAGAUUUGAACUCUUCACCUUGAUUUACCCUAAGAAAGUCGUUUUUCCUAUAACUUGAUUUCUAUUGGUUACUGUUCAAUCAAUGGGAUUUCGAGGCGAAUGGAGCACAGAUUCGAGUUCUACACUCCAGAAAACCUCGAACUAUCAUCGCUGUGAUCGGAAGAUAGAGCUCUAUUUGUGGAUUAAUUAGAGCGUCGAGAAAAACAGAACCGAAUUUCGUUUAAUUAUCUUUGUAAUAGCUGAGUUGGCUUUCUUGUUUCCUUAUGUUUUAUAUACCAUUUUAUAGCUCGUGAAAUUCUCUAUCGAAUGGUAUAUAAUAGUUGGGGUUUUAUUUGACUAUGAUAGGAAAAGUUUUUCACGAAAGCGGAGAUAUGUCGAUCUUCUCAUAGGGAAGCAUAGGGAAAAAAGACUAUUUUCACAAUAACUCAGCAAUGGCUCGGCCAAUCCUUCUCAUCUUUGAACUCGGCCUAGAUAUUGUUGAGAGCAAGAAAAAUCAAUUAAAUUUUGUAUCGAAUUUCAAUUCUUUUUCGUUUCAGUACCAUUCUAUAAAGCAGCAACAAAAUUACGUGAUAAAGAUUUAAAUAAAUUUAAACAAGCUCGACAAGUAUAUGAAACAACACGUUAUGAUCCAAAAACUGGGCAAGAUAAAGAAGAAUCUAAGGUCGAUGAUAAAACAGAUUAUCUUUUUAUUGAUUUAAGCAGAUGA